CCUCCCGCCCAAACAAAUCGACCAGCUGACUACACACCUUUCUCCCUUAUUACCUCCGGUGGUUGAAUCUCCACGGUGACUGUCAUCACUCAGCAUCCUCUCUUCGAGCAGUGAGCAUCCUUGCAGCAGCAGCGGCAGCAGUAGCUCUCUCUGUAGCAGCCCUCUCCAGUGGCGUCACUCGCCACCUUAUCGCCUUCCGGUGUCCCUCGUCGACCGCUCGUCACGACCACUCACGCUCCGUCACCGUCUCUUGCCACUAGUCGUCAAGAUCGAAGCAUCUGGUACAGAUUCCGGCCAGAGCUGGAACUCCAGAAUGAUUUGACCUAUUCUCUGAAUCGGAGGAUGGGAACAGGUGACAGACUGCUAGAUAUUCCUUGCAAAGUCUGUGGCGACAGAAGUUCCGGUAAACACUACGGGAUCUACAGUUGUGACGGUUGUUCGGGAUUUUUCAAGAGAAGCAUUCACAGGAACCGUGUGUACACUUGCAAAGCACAGGGUGAGUUGAAAGGCCGCUGUCCAAUUGAUAAGACCCACCGCAACCAGUGCAGAGCUUGUCGUCUCAACAAGUGCUUUCAGUCAGCCAUGAACAAAGACGAUAAAUCAAUAGAAGGCUUGAAAAACAAAGGAACUGUGAAGAUUGUUAAUCUACAAUGCACGAGCACAGAAGCUCUUAAGCAGUCUCAUCACCAGCAACAACAGCAACAACAGAAGGAGGCGGCAAGCCAGGAACAGACCUCUUCAGUGCCGCCUCUCAAACUGACGUCGGUCGCUCUCUUUCCACCGCCCCCGCCCGGCCUCAAAGCCGCCUCCGAUGCCGCCCCUCAUCCACUCUUCCUCGCACACCAGCCGCCUCCACCCGGAUUACUGCAAAUCCUCAUGUCGGCGGAAAAGUGUCAGGAAUUUGUUUGGACAGGCAAGAUCGGUGAUUCGGAAAGAUUGUCGUCUGCAGGGAUGCCACCAAGUCCAGCAAUGCCGCUGGCUCUUUCGCCCACAUGGGAAGUUCUACAGGAAACAACUGCUCGUCUGUUGUUCAUGGCUGUACGAUGGGUCCGAUGUCUCGCCCCAUUCCAAACAUUAUCUAAGCGUGACCAGCUUCUGCUAUUGCAAGAGUCGUGGAAGGAACUGUUCCUACUGCACCUGGCGCAGUGGUCGAUCCCGUGGGACUUGUCGCUGCUGUUCGCCUCGGACAAGGCGCGGGAGCGUCUGCCCGCCGACGACCCGUCCGUCAACGGCGAACUCAAGACCAUUCAAGAGAUUCUCGCCCGCUUCCGACAACUCUCGCCUGACGGCAGCGAGUGCGGAUGCAUGAAGGCUGUCAUUCUGUUCACUCCAGAAACAUCAGGCCUGGUAGACGUGCAACCAGUAGAGAUGCUGCAAGACCAAGCGCAAUGCAUCCUGGGCGAUUACGUGCGCGGCAGAUAUGCACGUCAGCCAACUCGCUUCGGUCGCCUGUUGCUGAUGCUACCCAGUCUGCGCGCCGUUCGCCCCGCCACCGUCGAAAGACUCUUCUUCAAGGAGACCAUCGGAGACAUUCCCAUCCAGCGGCUGCUGGGUGACAUGUAUCACAUGGAGAACUCCUACGCCUAGUGUGGCAACAGCCUACUAUCAUCAUUAGGGCCGUCUCUAUUGACGGUAUCAUUAUUAGGAACGUCUUAUUUAUUAACGGCUUUCACAUUGAAACUGAGGGCCAGACCACAUUUAGGCCCGGUUUCACAAAAGCCGGUUGAAUUUUAACCGUGAUUAAUUUCACCAGAACCAAUCAGAGAAGGCCUUUUUGAUGAGACUGCUUCUCUGAUUGUUGCUCGUGGAAUUAAUCACGGUUACAAUUUAACCGGCUUUUGUGCAACUGGCGCUAAUCGUUUUUUCAAGCGACAACCCAAUCAGCCAAUUGGAGAGCCUCCUGCCUUGCCGACUCUUAAAAAACGCUUGAUGUGUUCUGGCCCUAAGCUGAGAACGACUGUAUAGACUAAAUCCAUGUAAACCUUAAGGUGCGUACAGAUAUACG